GCCGAUGUGAAGCGAUAGAGCGAUAAAUUGCUGCCAUAAAGUAGUAUGUUAGAUACCUGAACGGUGUAGGUGAAACCUCAUUUAUUUCAAGUCUAGAGCAUCAAUAGGGUAAUUGUGUAAUGCUGGCUGGGAACGCCGGCAUACUGAUUUAAUUAGGAAUUUACAGGAAGAAUUUAGCAACCAACAUAUUUAUUUUUGUCAGUGUCAGAUAUUUUAAGAAAAUGGAGAUGUACUUUUUACUAUUUUAUCUGAAGUAUGUGAUUAUAUUGUAACGCUAUUAAUGUACUGUUACGUAAAUCAUUAACAGCAUGACUUUGAUUUACCGGAGAUUCAAGGAGAUCUACGAAUGCUUUAUUUGAACCAGGGAUAUAUAUACCUCAAUCAGCGGUUCAAAUGGCAGAUUAACGCAUAUUUUCAAGACGUUAUAUUGGAAUAACAUAAUGAAGUGCCAUUUCCUAGGAUUUUUGAUAUGCCACAUGUUAUUGUCCGAAACAACCGCAAGUUAUUGGUCUAAAUGGAGUACCUGGAGCGAGUGCUCGCGAACGUGUGAUGGCGGGGCUAAGUAUCAAACACGGAGGUGUAUCAGGCGGCGAUCACAGGAUUUUAGAUGUACUGGUUCCGGAAUUCUUUACUCAACCUGCAAUAAUAAAGCCUGUAAGUCCGGUGUACCUGACUUCCGGUCGGAGCAAUGUGCUGCAUAUAAUGACGCCUCCUAUUCUGGUCACACGUUUAAAUGGCUCACAUACCACGAUCCCGUGCAUCCAUGUGCGUUGUCCUGUAUUGCAGAGGGAACUCAGAUGAUUGCCAUAUUGGCACCUAAAGUCCUGGACGGAACACGAUGUUACAACAGUACCUUGAAUAUGUGUAUAAAUGGAAAAUGUGUGCCAGUAGGAUGUGAUCAUGUUCUGCAUUCCAAAGUUACCGAGGACUCCUGUGGAGUAUGUGGGGGUGAUAAUAGCACGUGCUCCAGUAACAAGCACGUGUCAUCGGAACGGUACCGAUGGAUACAAACCGGAUACGGAUCGUGCUCUGUCACGUGCGGUACAGGUGUCAAAGACAAACGCCUUCUGUGCUUUGAUUCUUACAAAGGCCGGGUGAUGGACUCAAUUCAUUGCGAUAGUAUAGAGCGACCUACAGACACGAGAACAACGUGCAGACCCGGGUCAUGUCCACCUGGAUGGCGCGUUGGUCCUUGGCAGAACUGCACACGUGAUUGUGGUGGAGGAGUGUCAUGGCGUGUAGUCACGUGCAUCAAGACGUUUGAGGACGGUACACAACAGUUGAUGCGGGAUAGUGACUGUGACAGCGCUACCAGACCUUCUUCGAGAAAAUCAUGCAACGGAUAUAUAUGUCCCACGUGGUAUGCGGGGGAGUGGUCUGUGUGCAGUGUAAGUUGUGGAACUGGUGUACAGACACGUGAGGUAAUCUGCCGGCAUGUCGGGGAGAAAUUUUGCCAUGUUAAGGACAAACCACGGACAGAGAAGAAGUGCACAACGGGAAUACCUUGUUAUGAUCUUAACGGAGACAUCCAGGAAAGAAAGGUUGGCCAGUUAAAAGUUUCUGACGACAUUCCUCAAGGAGAUCAGGCAAUCACAAAGGAGGACCUAUUUGAACCCCGAUUUGUAACGACUACCUGGGAUUCGUGCAGUGCCUCGUGUGGAGAAGGUGUUAGGUUUCGAUAUGUUCGUUGCCAGGUGUUUCUGUGGUACCUUAAUGACUUUUCUGAUCUUCCAGAUGAGGAUUGCAAUGAGACGAAGCCGGCUGAGUACGAGACGUGUAUGGUCGAGCCCUGCUAUGAUCUGUACGAGUGGGUCCCUGAUGGCAUGACGGAAUGUAGUCAUACCUGUCUAGGGGGAAUACAAGAGUCCAUACUGAAAUGUAAGACGAAAGAAAACCAAACAAUUGUGGAUGAUUCUCUUUGCAUCGAGGCCCCGCAUGUACAAACCGAAAGACGAAUAUGUAAUGUGAAACCAUGCCCACAAAGAUGGGAACUAGGUGAUUAUGGCGAAUGUUCUGCGACUUGUGGAGGCGGUCAGAUGUCAAGAAAUGUGAAAUGUAUACAAGAAUAUGCACAAGGGCCUACAAUACUGAACCUGCCAGACUUCAUGUGUAGCCAGCCUGUUCCGGACAGAGUAUCACCCUGUAAUACUAUAGAUUGUCCUGGGCAGUGGUUUGUUGGCAACUGGUCUGAGUGUUCAGUAACUUGUGGACUCGGAGUUCGAGCAAGGCUUCCUCUGUGUCAGAAAAUUCGAAAUGAAAAAUUGGUGAAUGUUUCUCGUUCGGAAUGUGACAUAACUCUUAAACCGGAUACGGAAAUGACGUGCAAUAUGACGUCAUGUCCGGAACCAAUGAUUAAAAGUAGAAAUAUAAAAUUUUAUCAAUUAAGUGAACUUUCUAAAGUGAAACUUAUAGUUGGAAUGGAAGCUAAAGUUGUUCCUGAAACAAAUAUUAUAUUAAAAUGCCCACAUGUUGGCUUAGAUAGACAGAAAAUAACCUGGUUUAAAAAUGGUUUGAAAUUUAGACGUUCUAAACGAGCGCGAGUUUCAAAAUCUGGUGCUUUAAGAAUACGUAAUGCUCUUCCUGGUAGAGACGAUGCCAUUUAUAAUUGCUUAGUAGGUGGACUUGAAGCGAAUGUGUCGAUUUCAUUUGGAUCUUCUUUUGACAUUUUACAAGCAAGAGUGUAUAGAGAAAAGUUUUUAACUGGAAAAGCCAGCAAAGAGUACUCAUUGCUCAAUAAAACUGUAUUAUAUACUGAUCCAGUGGACAGGGUGAGAAAACCAUUGACUUUGAUAUCCACAGACUGGUCCAGGUGUAGUGUCACCUGUGGUGGUGGACUUCAGUCUAGGAACCUAAGUUGUGAACUUAUUACAAGUGAUUAUUAUGAAGUUUUGCCGAAGGAAGUUUGUUUUAAGGCGUCGUCAAGGAAGCCAUCUAUGAUUCAAAGCUGCAAUACAAACCCGUGUGUGAAAUGGAGAACAGGAGAUUGGUCGAUGUGUAGCCAUGACGACUGUGUACGUCACCAAUACUCCAUAGAGAGGAGAGACGUUGACUGUGUCAAUGAGUUCAAUGACUCUAUUACUGAGGCUACAUUCUGCUCCUCUCUAGGAUUUCCACCAGACAAUAUCAGGGACUGCUUCAAUCCUAACUGUACUUUCCAAUGGGAAACAUCACGAUGGUCGAAGUGUGUGUCCAAUUGCGACGAAAAAGGAUAUAAAACGAGAACGUUGACCUGUGUCUGGUCAGGAAGUGGUCAGACUGCCCCUAUUGGAAGCUGCAGCACGUUACCACAACCGAAAACAACAAGAAAAUGCAAAGGAGCACCGUGUAACAGCUUGGUCUGUGAAGAUGAAAGUGAAUACUGCAGUAUCAUAUACCAAAUGAAUAUGUGCCAUUAUUCCAACUUUGAACAGCGAUGUUGUCUGACAUGUAAUCCUGAUUAUUAUGACGAAACUUACUACGACGAAGCUGAUGAAAGCUGAAUAUUUUAAUUAUUAGAUGAUUUAUCAUAAACUGCAUUCAAACAUCCCGACGAAUGUUGAGGAAAGAUAUCAUUAUUCGACUUGUUUUUGAUUGUCUCAAACAGAUGGUAACUGGUUGGAAAUGCGGGAUGUAAAAGCAUGUAUUGGGAGGAAAAACCUAUUCGUGUUCAUAGUUUCUUACCUGGAAAACUUAUACAACCUGCAAAUACUGUCAUCUACAAAACUGAGCAUCAGUUACAUGAACACACAAAUGAAAUAAAUACCCAAGGAGAAGAGUUUGUGUAGUUUAAACGGUAGUGCGCAGAAACAGUCUAGUUUGAAUUAGCUGUGCAUGACCCAGUCUUUGUGAAGUAAGUUUAAAGAGCACAAGACGGCCAUUGCCAUUUCUCAAAACUCCGGUAUUAGUUUAAAUGGCUUCGAGAAAAAUCUUGAAUAAUUAACCAGUGCAAAUGUUACUUUCUUUCCAUGUCUUUUAAUCUUGUUUAUCUGUUUCAUGUAUCGGAAAAGGACAUCAGUAAACUAAAAUUUUGCAGGGGUAUAAAGUUCAGAUUUAGAACGGAAAAUUGUCGAAGGAAUAAGGGAAACUGCCCUAUAGUUUAUGGGAAUAUAAACCGUUUUAAUAUACCUUUCUUUUAGAGAUUCUAAUCAGCCUAUGUAUUUCACAUAUUCCAAGUCAACCAUAUGGUUCUUUUAUAUUAUGUCUAUCACUGACGUGAUAUUUAAAUCCCCAAUGAGAAUCCGGAAAACAAGAGCACCAAGGUGUUUGUUUCUGGAACUUUGGAUUUUCUGUUGGAUAUUCACCUGUGUUUUGUCAUAUUCUUUUUAUUGUAUUCAGUGGGGAAUUUAUUUCAUGUAAACGCAAAUACUGAUAAGCCUUAGAAUAGCAAUUUCAUUCCGAAAUAAAUACACCAUAUCUGACAUGAUCUUCGCCAUUGCCGUUUACGUGUAGCUUGUAGUUGCAGGUCAUGAACUUUAGCAAACAACGUGCUUUAAAUAUAAUUUACAUUUUUAGAGAAUUGAAAUAUAAGUUUUAUGUAAGACCUUUCGUGUCUGAAGCAUUAUAUCGCAAUGAGAAUCUACAUUUUUGAUGUUCAAAAUCACGUAAUUACAAAGGAAGCGGGUCAUCUUUGAAAACAUAUGCAAUGCUUUUGUAAAGUUUAAACACAUCAGUAUUUUGCACGUAUACUUGCCAUUAACAAUCUACAAAUGGUGUUGUGAUUAGCCUGACGGCCACUACUGGUCUCCAAUUCCAUCUUCAUACAAAUUCUCCGGCAUUCGCGUUAGGUGUAAGCUUUCAUCAUAAUAGGGCUUAAAUAAAUUAGUAUAUUGGUUUGAACCAACUUGUGGAUUUAUGAAGUCAAUUUGCAUGGUUUGUCAAUAAUAAAGCCGCUAACUCUGCUUAUACUGUUACCGCCUGUAACCGCUUCAUCUUGGUUUGCUUCCCUGGACGCUAAACAUAAUUAUAUUAGAUUUUUUAUGGAGAGAUGAAAAUUUGAACUCUAUACAGUUACCUAUUUUGCUGUCAUCAUUAGCUAAUAUCAUGUACACGCCUGUGAAGCUAAAUAAAUGUUUUUUUGUUGUUGUUUAAUUGUUUCAAUAUUGUUGACGCUACGUCAUAAAUAUAGAUAGUGUUUAUUUUGGGAUUAAUAUUUAUGUGUGAAUGUGGUUUUGUGUUUUUACAGUGUUGUAUUUGUAACUGACAAUAUUCAAAAUGUUACCCAGCUGUUCCUGAAGCAUAUGUUUGCUUUUGUAGAAAGUAUAUAUAGAUCACAAGAAUAGCAUCCCGUCAGAGUAAAACACAAUGUCCUCUUUCAUGAAGAAUAAAACUGUCUUAAAUAUUUUACAAGUGUUAUUAAAUAUAAAAUGCCUUUC